AUGUCUAAGAUUAUUACUAUUGAAGAAGUUGCAAAUCAUAAUGCUGAAAAUUCUAUUUGGAUCAUUGUUCACGAUAAAGUAUUUGAUGUAACAAACUUUUUAAAUGAACAUCCUGGUGGCAAGAAAGUUUUACUUAAAGUCGCUGGCACAGAUGCUACUAAACAGUUUGAUAAUUUUCAUUCGUUAGAUAUUUUAACUAAAUACGCGCCUCAAUUACAAAUUGGUGAAAUUGGCAAUUCUCAAACAGAAAUUAUUAAUGAAUCUCCUUCAGGUGAUGGCCCAUUUGGUGACCUUGUACCGCAUGGCGAUCCUUACUGGUACCAAGACUUUCAGAGUCCAUAUUAUAAUGAAACUCAUCGUCGUGUACGUUCUAUUGUACGUAAGUUUGUGGAAACCGAGAUCAUGCCUUAUGUUUUCGAAUGGGAUGAAGCUAAAAAAAUUCCCAAGGAACUUUUCAUAAAGGCCGCAAAAAUUGGUAUUUUACCUGCUGUUUGUGGUGCACCUUGGCCAACAAAGUAUAGUAAAUAUCCUUCUAUUGGUGGUAUUAAACCAGAAGAAUUCGAUCAUUUUCACGAAUUCAUCGUUACAGAUGAAUUAGCUCGAUGUGGUUCUGGCGGUCUUCUUUGGGGUUUAACUGGUGGUUUGGGAAUUGGUCUUCCACCAAUUAUCAAAUUCGGUAGUGAGGAACUUAAAGCGAGAAUCGCACCAGAAUGUUAUGAGGGCACAAAGUUUAUUUGCCUUGCUAUCACGGAACCUUAUGCUGGAUCUGAUGUUGCUAAUAUUCGAACAGAAGCCAAACUUUCUGAUGAUGGUGAAUAUUAUAUUGUUAAUGGAGAGAAGAAAUGGAUCACAAAUGGUGUCUUUGCUGAUUACUUCACUACUGCUGUUCGAACUGGUGGUCCCGGUAUGGGUGGAGUAUCUCUCCUUUUAAUAGAAAGAUCACGGCCGGGUGUUAAAACCCGUCAAAUGCAAUGUAUGGGGGUAUGGGCCUCGGGUACCGCUUAUGUUACCUUUGAAGAUGUAAAAGUACCCAAAAGCAACAUUAUCGGAAAAGAAAAUGGAGGAUUCAAGUGCAUUAUGCAUAACUUCAACCAUGAGCGUAUGGGAAUUGCUAUUCAAGCAAACCGUUUUGCCCGGGUGUGCUACGAAGAAGCAAUGAAAUAUGCUCAUAAACGCAAGACCUUCGGUCAAAAACUUGUUGAUCAUCCAGUAAUUCGUAACAAACUUGCUCACAUGGCUCGUCAAAUAGAAGCUACUCAUGCUUGGAUGGAAGUGUUAAUUCAUCAAACUAAUCAAAUGACUGGAACUGAAGCCAUGACAAGACUCGGUGGUCCAAUUGCGUUGCUAAAAGCUCAAUGCACACAAACAUUUGAGUUCUGUGCUCGUGAAGCAGCGCAAAUCUUUGGUGGCUUAUCUUAUUCUCGUGGCGGUCAAGGUGAAAAGGUCGAACGCUUAUAUCGUGAAGUACGUGCUUACGCAAUUCCAGGAGGUUCGGAAGAAAUUAUGCUUGAUCUUGGUAUCAGACAAUCUCUGAAAGUUGCACAAUUUUAUGGUGCUAAACUUUAA